ACAAAUAGUGGUUUUCAAGCUAAUGGUACUAAUAAAAAAUAUUCAAAGUUAACAAAAAAACAGUACAUGCUUUCAAAAGUUGCCAAAUACUUGGUUGAGCAUCAAAUUGAACUACCAAUAUGUCUCAUAGCGAUUAUUACUUUAGCUUAUAUUUUAAAAGUUCCUGGUUCAGAAAAAUUCUUAUUUUUACGUGAGAACCCCAAAACCGGCCUUUAUGAAAAGAGCAUGGAUGAUGCUUAUUUUGUAUUCUUUUGGGUUGCCACAUUUACGCUAUUACGGGCUGCUACGAUGGAGUAUAUACUAAUUCCAAUAGCUAGAAAGGGUCGAAUUAAGAAAAAAGCUCGGAUAACGAGGUUUGCAGAGCAAGGGUGGUCUUUUUUGUAUUAUUCAGUUUUCUGGACAUUUGGCAUGUAUAUAAUGUAUCAUACACCAUAUUGGUUUGAUACGACUUAUUUCUGGAAAGAUUACCCUCACAAAGAAUUGACAUACACUCUCAAGGCAUAUUAUCUGUUGCAGUUUGCCUUUUGGCUUCAACAAUUAUUUGUCCUCAACGUCGAGAAAAGGCGUAAAGAUUUUGUAGAAAUGGCCACUCAUCAUGCGAUCACCAUUCUGCUUAUGUUUUUUUCUUAUAUUUUUAAUUUUACUCGAAUUGGUAACGCGGUUCUUUGUACAAUGGAUUUUGCCGAUAUUCAAUUACCGCUUGCCAAGAUGCUUAAAUACCUUGGAUUUAAUAUGAUUUGUGAUGUAUUGUUUGGAAUCUUUAUGGUUUCAUGGCUUGCGAUCAUCAUAUUUUGGUUUUGUUUGAUCUCUAAUGUAGCAUAUAAAGUUAUCAAAGGUGAUGGUGCACAUGAUAACCGAAGUAGCGAUUCAGAACGAGAACAUGAAGAUUGA